UGGGAUUUUGCUGCAAGUCGCGAACGCUGGUGUUGCGGUUGCCGCCCGCUUCGUUUACCGCUGCCAUGAGGGAGAGAAGGACUCCUCAGCCAGUAGUGGCCCGGUGCAAGUUGGUUCUGGUGGGGGAUGUACAUUGUGGCAAGACGGCCAUGCUUCAGGUCCUGGCCAAAGACUGCUACCCGGAGACCUACGUGCCCACUGUUUUUGAGAACUACACAGCAUGCCUGGAAACGGAGGAGCAACGGGUGGAGCUCAGUCUGUGGGACACAUCUGGAUCCCCAUAUUAUGACAAUGUGCGCCCCCUAUGCUACAGUGAUUCAGAUGCCGUCCUGCUCUGUUUUGAUGUCAGUCGUCCUGAGACCAUGGAUAGUGCAAUGAAGAAGUGGAAGACUGAAAUCUUGGACUAUUGUCACAAUACCCGUGUGCUGCUGAUAGGAUGCAAGACAGACCUGCGCACUGACCUCAGCACGCUGAUGGAGUUGUCUCACCAAAAGCAAGCCCCAGUCUCUUAUGAACAGGGUUGUUCUGUCGCCAAGCAGCUGGGAGCAGAAAGUUACCUAGAAUGCUCUGCCUUCACAUCAGAGAAGAGUGUCCACAGCAUCUUCCGGACAGUGGCGUCCCUCUGCCUCACCAAGCCUGGCCUCCCAGGGCCCCCCAAGAGCCCCACCCGAAGCUUCCCCAAGAGACUUCUCCGUCUUCCCAGCCGAUCGGAGCUCAUUUCUUCCACUUUUAAGAAGGAGAAAGCAAAAAGUUGUUCCGUCAUGUGAAGGAGCUGGCAGGAGAGGGUGGUGAUGGAACCGCUGUGGACUCCUGGGCCUCCAGGUGGCCCCCCUCCAGGGUGUGGGAUUCAGGGACCGGGCUUGGCUCCUCCAAGCCAGAGCUGGAAAGUUCAGAAGGAUCCAGUUUCCCUUUCUUCCUGCUAUCCAGGGAAGAGGGGGAAACGGCAAAACAUGGCUGGACGGCUUGAACGAAGAUUGGUGCAAGACUUGCCUCCUCUGCAAGUCUUGGGGCUUGGCACAGCGACAUCUUGGACGGUAGCUCCUGGUGACUAUGGCGCAUAUUUGAAGGAACUGGAGGGGGGGAUUACCACCACCACUAUCCCGCCUUGCCAAUGCACAGUUAAUAUUCUUCCUUUGGCCCUGGGUCAUCCCAUACACCUGCUGCUUAUCAAUUGCCUGUUGGAUGCGGACUGAGUGCAAGCAUCUCCCUCUAUGCCAGCACAUGUACCCCUCUCUGAAUCUAGGGUACAGGUGCCCAGGCAUCCCUCGUGGAAAUAAAGCUGGGGGGGGGGGGGGGGAGAGUGACCUAUUGAUCUUGUGUAUAUGUGUGGAAAGAAUGGAAAUAUAGGGGGAGGGGGGAGAUCUGUGAAAUGUUCAGUGUUAUUAAAAGAGAACUUAUUUAUUCAUGAAAAUAUAAUGCAGAUUAACCAUCUUAUUCAAAGGGCUUUCUUCUUUGCCAUCACCUCUCUUCCGCUCUCCCAGUGAUAGAAGGGAAUAAGGAGAAACUAUUUUACAACACUUCAAAUUUUGAUUCCUUUCCCUCAUCCCCAAAGGGGGGGCAGGGGGGGGGCAGGGGGGGUUUGCCUUCCCGUUGUUCUAGCUGUGGGUCAAAGUCCUAAAGUAAUAUUUAAAACAUUUCCAAAUGACUCUAAAUCUGGGAGCUACCUGGUGUGGCUUUCGUCAGUCAAAGUGAAGGAAAUCAGCUGGAUCUAAGAUAGGCAAUAUGUACCGCUUUUACAUUCCAAUUCCCACCAAUCCUAGUCUCUGGCCAACAGGGAAGGAUGCUGGCAGUUGGGAUCAAUAGCUUUUGGGAGGCUGCUUUGUUUUGGCUCCUGAAACAUAAACAUUUUAUUUCAGAUUUGUAGUCUCAGGCCAGGAUUUUGCUGUAUUUUUAAUUUGGAGAUGUAUUCUGCAAACACUGCUAUGCUGAAGGCUCCUGAUUUUAAAUAGAGCUCUUAAUUUAAAUCAUACCUCUUCUGUAGGGUGAUCACAAACUGCCCCAGUAGCUCUUGUGGGCUAAUUGUGGCCUGGUUUUAAUGGACAAACUGAGCCUCUAUCACAUGAACUAUAUUUCUGGUUGCAAUUAUCCUGUGAAUGCUAAGAGUGCCAUGGAAUUAGAAGAUUUUAAAAUGCCGUAUUGAUACAACCAGCAAAGUAGGAGAAAUCCUUUGGUUCUG